AUGGCCCACGGCCAGGAAGAUUGCGCCUCCGUCCUGGAGCAGUUCGUGCACGAUGUCGCGAACCUGCCGCUGGAGAUCAACCACUUGAUGGAAGAGAUCCAAGCGAAAGACCGGAUCAUCCAGGACUGCCGCACCAUCAUCAACUCGCGCGAUGCCAGCAUCCAAAAGUUCAUCAAACUCAACGGCAGCUUGACCCCGAACCCAAAAGAGGAGCAGUACUCCAAGAUCGUCCUGCAGAACCUCGACAGGUCCAGCCAGCUACAGGACGAGAAGAUCCACUUGAGCGAGAAGGCGUGUAUCCUGCUGGACCGACAGAUCAAGAAACUCGACGUCAAGAUCCGCGAUCUCCAGAACGACAACGUCCUCUCCAACGACCCUCCCAUCCCCUCCCUCUUCAACAAUAAAGACCAAUACCGCGAUCCGCCCAAGAUCUUCUUCCCCGACUCCUCCACCGACGCCGCCUCUUACUCCUCCCCUCUCGCCGCAUCCUCCGGCAACGCAAACCCCCUAGUCACAGGCGCAACCCCCCGCCUCAACCUCUCCCUCAACCGCUCCCACUCCGCCGCCGCCCUCUCCCAAGCCGCUCGCAGCUCCGCCCCCGCCACCCCAGCCGGAACCGCCCACUUCCAGCAACGCCACCGUGAAUCCUCAGCCGGCGCCAUCGACAGCAAGCGCCGCCGCCUCAACACAACCCUCGGCUCCCUCCCCGCCGCCUCCUCCAACCUCCGCCAGUCCUCGCUCGGCCCGGGCACGCCCAAAGCCGGGACCCCGUCCUCCAGCCGCGCAGGCAGCGCCGGCCCACGCUCCGCGGGAAUCACCAAGAAAGCGCUGACCAAGAAAGUCGCGCCGCACCAGCAACUCAAGAAACUCAAAUCGCUCAACGGCAAGCACAACAAACGCUCGUCCAGCACGAGCCGGUUAAAGGCGCACAAGAAAACGCUGUCCGGGGGCGACGACGACGACGACGAUUCCAUGCUCAGCAGCGCGGAGCUCUCCGAUUCGGACAGCGGCGACGUGAACAUGGACGAGGACGAGGACGAGGGGAACGAGGACACCCAGGUGUAUUGUACGUGUCGGACCGUCAGCCAUGGGGAUAUGGUGGCGUGCGACAACAACGAUUGCAAGUAUGAGUGGUUCCAUUGGAAGUGCGUGGGGUUGACGAGGGAGCCGGUUGGGAAGUGGUAUUGUCCGGAUUGUUCGGCGGCGAAGGGGGGUGAAUAG